AUGCAUCUCAAAGCCAUCGCCUCCCUCGUCCUCGGCGUCCUGCCAUUCCUCACCACGGCAUAUCCCACCGACACACCCAGCACCGAGCUCGCCGCCGCAAAAGCCCACAACAUCUACCUCGUAACCUGCGUCCCGCGCAAGCGCAACAACAACGGAAACCCCCCUUCCAACGCCCAAAAGUUCACCGCAGUCGCAUACUUCAAGAAGCCGCUCAACGCCACUGACUCUGACUCCUCCUCUGACAAGGCUCCGCAGCCCGACAAAGCUGCGCUCGUCGCCCAACCGCCUGAGCCCUGGGAAGGCGUCAAGUGGCGCGUCAAAGUAUGGAAAGAUAAAUUGUUUUCGGCGGAGAUUAGUGCGGACGCGGCGGUAAUGACGAAGGGAGGAAUGGCGGGGAGUGCUGCUUUAGAUGAUGAGCAGUAUGUUUGCUUUAAGGAUGGGGAGACGGCGAUUCGGUUGAAGGGUGAUGUGAAGGGGCAUUGCGUGGCGGAUUAUUGGUGCGCGGGGCUAGACCCUGGGAAGGGCGAUGAUACGGUGUAG